AUGGCUCUCAACAAGCUCUCUAUUGACAAGCUUGACCUCGCUGGUAAGAGGGUCCUCAUUCGUGUCGACUUCAAUGUGCCACAGAAGGAUGGGAAGAUCACGAAUAACCAGCGCAUCGUUGCAGCUGUGCCGACAAUCAAGCAUGCUCUCGACAACAAGGCCAAGUCUGUUGUGCUGAUGUCUCACCUCGGUCGGCCUGAUGGACGCCGCCAGGAGAAGUACACUCUCAAGCCGGUGGUCGAGGAAUUGCAGAAGUUGAUUGGCCGCGAUGUGAAAUUCCUCGAUGAUUGUGUUGGAAAGGAAGUGGAAGAGGCUUGUGCUAACCCUGCAGAAGGCUCCGUGAUUCUUCUUGAGAACUUGCGCUUCCACCUGGAGGAGGAAGGAAAGGGGGUCAGCGAAUCUGGCGAAAAAGUCAAGGCCAAGCCCGAAGAUGUCGAAAAGUUCCGUCAAUCGCUCACGAAGCUCGGCGACGUGUUUAUUAACGAUGCUUUCGGUACUGCGCACCGAGCACAUAGUUCAAUGGUCGGCUGCCAGCUCGACAAGCGUGCGACUGGAUUUUGCAUGAAGAAAGAGCUGGAGUACUUUGCAAAGGCGCUUGAUCAGCCUAAGCGGCCUUUCUUGGCCAUUCUCGGCGGCGCGAAGGUCCAGGACAAGAUUCAGCUGAUUAAGAAUCUGUUGGAAAAGGUUGAUGAGAUGAUCAUUGGCGGUGGAAUGGCUUUCACUUUCUUGAAGGUUACGAAGGGCAUUUCAAUUGGAAAUUCCCUGUUUGAUGAUGAGGGAGCCAAGAUCGUAAGCAGUCUGAUGGAGACUGCAGAGCGAAAACAAGUCAAGAUCCACCUGCCCGUCGAUUUCGUCGUCGCCGACUCCUUCAGCGAGAAUGCUCAGCACAAGGAAGCUACCGUUGGCGAUGGUGUUCCUGACGGCUUCAUGGGCUUGGACGUUGGACCGGAAAGCUCGAAGCUAUUUGCUGGGGCCAUCGAGCGAGCGAAGACCAUCGUCUGGAAUGGCCCGGCCGGAGUGUUCGAAUGGGCCAACUUUGAAAAGGGAACGAAGUCCAUGAUGGAUGCUGUCGUCAAGGCCACGGAAAAUGGCGCCGUCACCAUCAUUGGCGGUGGGGAUACUGCUACGGCCGCUAAGAAGUACAACACCGAAGACAAGGUUUCCCAUGUGUCGACCGGUGGCGGUGCCUCUCUAGAGCUUCUCGAAGGCAAGGAGCUGCCCGGUGUUGCUGCCCUGAGCUCGAGC